UAACAUUGUUUGUGUGUAUGUACCGGAUAUAAUCAAUCGGCGGCGACGAAACGGUUCUAAUUCUGAAGCUUCUCUCACUGCACCGUCGCAACCGCAACUACCCGAACCCGACUAAACUUGAUUUGAUAAUGGCGAAAACUAAGCAAAUUUUGUAAGAUUGAAUAGUGUGAUUCUCUUUCACAGGUCACUUGCCGAUCAAUUGGAAGGCAAAAUGAGGAUGAACACAACAAGUACCGUAACAUGGUUGUACACUAUAUAGUGAAAAAUCGUGAGAUGUUUGAGCCUUUUAUCGAAGAUGAUGUUCCCUUUGAGGAUUACUGUAAAACCAUAGACGAAGAUGGCACUUGGGCUGGGAAUAUGGAGUUACAGGCAGCUUCUCUUGUCACACGCAGUAAUAUCUGUAUUCACAGGAGCAUGUCACCGCGUUGGUAUAUACGCAAUUUUGAAGAUACACGAACCCGCAUGACGUCUUACCACGAUGGGGAACACUACAACAGUGUGCGUUCGAAGGAAGAUGCUUGUGAAGGACCAGCCAGGCCUGUUGUAAUAGAGGCUGAUGCUAAAGUUUCAGCAGCAUCUAAACAAGCGAAAGCCACAGAGAGCAAGUCCAAAAACAAAGCUGAUAGGUAUAAUGUGGAUGCUGGGGAUAUCAAAGUAGUCAUGUCUGGUUGUUGCUGUGACAAUGCUGAGAAAGCUGAACAGGUGGUCCUAAUACAAGUAAAUGGUGAUGUGGAUGCUGCGAUAGAAUUCCUGAUAGCUGAGCAAGGAGUAGAGUCUUUGACUGAAAAUGAUUCAGAAUUCAGAAAUCGCUUCUGCAGCAGAUGCCACAAAUGCCAAUAGUCCCAGACUUUUAAGUACUACAAGCCAGAGGAAGAUAGCUUCGAGUCAUCACACAACGCCUUUAAAAAUGCUGCGAUAAACACAUGCAUAGAGGUAUCAAGAAGAAGCAUCCAGUGGAAUAGUGGGUUACUACUAUCGCACAUGAGAAUGCCGGCUAUUGCCUGUUAACUGUGAAAACAGCUGCUAGAUCUGUGACUUGCAAAGAUGGUUGAUGACCAGAAGCUCUCUCUCUCUUUUAGUCCACUGUCCCGAGUUUCUGAUGAGAAGAGCACUAGUAGUUGCAGUACCGACACCACUAUUACUGACAUAGCUUUAAGAGGUGAAGAAGACAAUGAGGAGAUUAUUUUCUUCAGGUGUCUAGAAGCAUAGAACUACUACUGUUAAGAUUCUAAUGUUUUAAUGUUUUCAGUUUGUGUAUCUAUGGAUCUUUCUGUAUUAGAUGUUAGGAGAAGUCGAAUCACAGAGACA